AUGGCUCAACAGCAGCAGAUUAGCCUUCCGGCUAAACUGAUCAACGGGGGGAUUGCCGGCAUGGUUGGAGUCACCUGUGUGUUCCCAAUUGACCUGGCAAAGACUCGCCUGCAGAACCAGCAAAGCAGUCAGCAGCUUUACAGGAAUAUGAUGGACUGCCUUAUAAAGACCGUUAAAUCCGAAGGUUACUUUGGCAUGUACAGAGGUGCUGCUGUAAAUCUGACCCUAGUGACUCCUGAGAAGGCUAUCAAACUCGCUGCCAACGACUUCUUUCGCCACCAGCUAAGCAGAAAUGGCGCUAAGUUAACAGUGUUCAAGGAGAUGCUGGCAGGAUGCUGCGCCGGGAUGUGCCAGGUCAUUGUCACCACACCCAUGGAGAUGCUCAAGAUCCAGCUUCAGGAUGCUGGCAGGCUUGCAGCCCAACAAAGGGUGAUGCCCAGUGUGGUAACGGCUCUGAAGAUGGGUGGAACCAGUGCUGUCCUCAGCCGCUCCUAUAACGGCAGCCCUGCGCCUCAGGUCAUGAGAGUAUCAGCCACACAGAUCACCAGAGAACUGCUGAAGACCAAAGGUGUCACAGGACUGUAUAGAGGACUUGGGGCUACGUUAAUGAGGGACAUCCCUUUCUCAGUUGUGUACUUUCCUCUUUUUGCACAUUUACACCAGCUGGGCCAGCACUCAUCAGGAAACCCAUCGGUGCCGUUCUAUUGGUCCUUUGUGUCCGGCUGCUUGGCUGCGUCCGUUGGCGCGAUAGCUGUCAGCCCUUGUGACGUGGUCAAAACAAGGCUACAAUCCCUCAAAAAAGGAACUAAUGAGGAAACCUACAAUGGAGUGGUGGAUUGUAUCAGAAAUAUAAUGAGAAAAGAGGGUCCAUCUGCUUUCCUCAAAGGAGCCAGUUGUCGGGCCCUUGUCAUCGCUCCCCUCUUUGGCAUCGCCCAGGUGGUGUACUUUGUUGGAGUUGGAGAAAUGGUGCUCGGUUACACUCCCUAUAAUAUCUACUCUGCAUAG